AUGGGCCCCUGUACCGCCUCCCGCCGUCAUGCUGCUGCCAGGCCCAUAAUCUGCCAUGGGCCCCCGUACCGACUCCUCAUGCUGCUGCCAGGCCCGUAAUCUGCCAUGGGCCCCCGUACCAACUCCUCAUGCUGCUGCCCAGGCCCGUAAUCUGUCAUGGGCCCCUGUACCGCCUCCUCAUGCUGCUGCCAGGUCCAGAGUGUGUCAUGGGUCCUUGUACGGCCUCCCAUUGCUGCUGUCUCCAUCGCCACACUCUGCCAUGUGCCACUUUCAGGUCUCCUCACACUGCUGGUGGGUUCCAUUUUGUCAUAGGGUGCUGGCAGAUUACGGGCCUCCCAUUGCUGCUGCCAGGCCCGUAAUCUGCCAUGGGCCCCCGUACCGACUCCUCAUGCUGCUGCCA